CAAAAUCUAUCGCCAGCAACACAAUUAUUAUAGUGAGGGAAUCAGAGGAGACGUGCGUUAUAAAAAAAAUUCAGUAGUAUUUCUUAAUCUGCAAUUCGAGAAUAAAUAAUGGAAUAAAAUCUAUAGAUAACCGGGGUGUCAGCCGGACGAAGACCCACUUGACGCCUCAACAUACCAACGCAAGGCAAGAGUUCGAAUCUAUGCUCUAAGCGGAAAUAUUUAUUUCAAAACAUUCUUUUUCAAAAAUUGGAAGAAACCUACAGGAAUUCUGAUGGGAGCCCUUAAGACAGUUUUGGACUGAGUGCAAAAAACGAUCAGAUUUCAAGUCGGACACUAAAUUAGGUAGUAGCUAUGAGAGAAUCAAUAAAUGCAGGUCACAGUGAGACAGGAAGAACAAAUCACACGGCUGCAAGGUUGGUAAUACGACAUUAUCGUGACUGGGUUGUUCUUUUUGUACUUCUGAUAGUGGAUCGUGUGCUUGCAAGGAUGGAUCCAUUUAAUCGUUUUGUUGGAGAGUACAUGCUAGAUGACUUGCGAUACCCAAUGAAAAAAAAUACUGUUCCUUUUUGGGCUGUGCCAGUGAUUUCAAUUAUCUUUCCACUGAUUUUUAUUAUCUCAAUAUAUUUGAAAAAGAAGAACAUGCACGAUAUGCAUCAUGCAGUUCUUGGUCUACUUUUUUCUGUGUUACUAUCAGCAAUAAUAACAGAUGGUGUAAAAGAUGUUGUUGGUCGACCCCGUCCAGAUUUUUUUUGGCGUUGUUUUCCAGAUGGACAUGCGAUCUUUAAAAAUGUAACUGGAGAAGUAGCAUGUCAUGGGGAUCGACCAGCAAUUAGUGAGGGACAUAAAAGUUUCCCAAGCGGUCAUACUGCUUGGUCUUUUUCAGGGUUGGGUUUUUUUGCACUCUAUCUAGCUGGAAAGAUCAGAAUAUUUGACCGCAAAGGACAUAUUGCCAAGAUUACAAUUGUUUUUGUUCCUCUUGCUGUGGCUACUUAUGUUGGUCUUUCACGAGUUAAUGACUAUAAGCACCACUGGCAGGAUGUUUUUGCUGGUGCAUUUUUAGGCUUAUCAGUGGCGACAUUCUGCUAUAGACAGUUUUUCCCUCCACUUUAUGAUGAAAACUGUAUGCACCCUUAUACACCUCAGCCUCCAUCAGGGGAGAUUCAACAUGCUCCUCCUCAAAGUUCACUCCCAGUUAAUGGAACAGUUACAGAUGUGGAACUGGGGAGGAUUGAGCAUCCAUCAAACUAAAUCAUGAGAGAGAAGGAAUAUAUGAGAUACCAUGUCUGUCUUCUCUCAACUUAUAAGUAGUUUUGUCUGUUUGUUCUACCUUUGAGCAGGCGAUAUGCAAUAUGUAUGCCUGAAGCCAUCUGUAACAUUAUAUUAUAACAGAUUGAGAUAGUGCUCUAUUAUCAUUUUUUAUUUGCUUUGGAGGAAAAGACAUUGUUACCUCGGGGCUGGAUUUUUUGAUACCUGCAGUUUUGGCAUUCACCCCUUGUAUCUUCCUAGUGAUACAUUUACAUUCAUCUCAUGUAGAAGUUUAUAAAUUCCUGUGGCGGCAAAUGGACGUUCACAUGGCUUCACCUCUGCAAACAACAAUGUCCUGCAAAGAGCCUGGAAAUGUUGGAUACAAUAAUAUUCAAGCAAUUGAUUCCAGAAAACUCUCAUGCUGUAGUACACUGCAAAUUGUCACUCGAAGAUAAAAUAGCUUUGUAAAUAAAGUUUCUUA